AUGUCCGCUCCCUCCCUCGCCAGCUACAUCGUCAAGCGCCCCUUCCUCAAGCGCUGGAUGAUGCCCAUUGCCCAGUGGUACACCGAUGCCUCUGGUUACAGGAGACUCGGCUUGAAGGCUGAUGACCUGAUCCCCGAGGAGAACGACGUCGUCCAGAAGGCCCUCAAGCGUCUCCCUCCCAAGGAGGCCUACGACCGUGUCUUCCGCAUCCGCAGAGCAUUCCAGUGCUCCAUCUCCCACACCCUCCUUCCCGCUGCUGAGCAGACCAAGCCCGAGGAGGAUGUCGAGUACCUGAGCCCCAUCAUCCGCGAGAUCGAGAAGGAGAAGCAGGAGCGCGAAGACCUCGACGCCCUUGUCGUCAGACGGUAG